AUGGCCUGGCGCAGCUCAGGGAGGACACAGGCAGAGCUAGUCAUCAACUUGCAAGCCAACAACAUCCUCAAAUCCCGAGCACUGGCACGUUGUCUCGUUGAAACCGAUCGACAACUCUACGUCUCAAGCGGCUGCGACCCAUACAAAGAUGCGCCCAUGCCCAUUGACGGCACAAGCGCAACAAUCUCUGCACCACACAUGCAUGCACAUGCACUAGAACUGCUCAACCUCGACGAUCUCGUUCAUGCGGGUGCUGGCGCGAAUGGCAAUAGCGGUGUUCAUAUCCUCGAUGUCGGCUGUGGCAGUGGUUACCUUCUCGCUGCGCUUCAUCGAUACCUCCAAGCAACGCUUCCAGCAACACGCGCGGAACAGUCAGUGGUGGUAGGCAUUGAUCAUAUCCCCGAACUCAUCUCUCUUGCCCGCCGAAACCUGAUUGCCGAUGGUCUCGGCGAUGCGCUCUUCAGGGGUCGCAUCAUCCUUGAAACAGGUGAUGGUCGAUUGGGAUCCCAGCGACAUGCACCCUUCAAUGCGGUUCAUGUGGGUGCUGCAGCAGUCGAUGCAGUGCCGCCGGCACUUCAAGAACAAUUGCGCGCUCCGGGACGUAUGGUCUUGCCCAUUGGACCGCAGUAUGGCGAUCAGGCCAUGACGGUGGUGGACAAGGGAGGUGACGGGACUGUCACAUUGACGAAGCGAUUCGGGGUCCGCUAUGUGCCGCUAUGCUAA